UGAACUGUCUCCCGCGCAGCCACACGUUACACCACUGCUGAGGGACUGACGGCGAGCGGCAGCCAUGAACGGCACAGAAGGCCCCAACUUCUACGUCCCCUUUUCCAACGCCACCGGCGUGGUGAGGAGCCCCUUUGAGUACCCGCAGUACUACCUAGCCGAGCCGUGGGCGUUCUCCGCGCUGGCAGCCUACAUGUUCUUCCUCAUCCUCUUCGGCUUCCCCAUCAACUUCCUCACACUGUACGUGACCAUCGAGCACAAGAAGCUGAGGACGCCCCUAAACUACAUCCUGCUCAACCUGGCCGUGGCCGACCUCUUCAUGGUCUUCGGAGGCUUCACAACCACGAUGUACACGUCAAUGCACGGCUACUUCGUCUUCGGCACCACCGGUUGCAACCUAGAAGGAUUCUUUGCUACCACCGGCGGUGAGAUUGCCCUCUGGUCCCUGGUCGUGCUGGCCGUCGAGAGGUGGAUGGUCGUCUGCAAGCCCGUGAGCAACUUCCGAUUCGGCGAGAACCACGCCAUCAUGGGUGUUGCGCUCACCUGGGUGAUGGCGUGCAGCUGCUCUGUGCCGCCGCUCUUCGGCUGGUCCCGCUACAUCCCCGAGGGCAUGCAGUGCUCAUGCGGGAUCGACUACUACACCAUGAAGCCCGAGGUCAACAAUUACUCCUUUGUCAUCUACAUGUUCAUCGUCCACUUCACCAUCCCCCUGAUCAUCGUGUUCUUCUGCUACGGCCGUCUGGUGUGCACCGUAAAGGAAGCUGCCGCCCAGCAGCAGGAGUCCGAGACCACCCAGAGGGCCGAGAGGGAGGUCACCCGCAUGGUCAUCAUCAUGGUCAUCUCCUUCCUGAUAUGCUGGUUGCCGUACGCAGGUGUCGCCUGGUGGAUCUUCACCCACCAAGGCUCCGAUUUUGGGCCUGUCUUCAUGACAGCGCCGGCUUUCUUUGCCAAGGCUGCCUCCAUCUACAACCCCAUCAUCUACAUCUGCAUGAACAAGCAGUUCCGCCACUGCAUGAUCACCACCCUGUGCUGCGGCAAGAACCCCUUCGAGGAGGAAGAGGGCGCCUCCACCACGGCCUCCAAGACCGAGGCCUCCUCAGUGUCCUCCGUGUCCCCGGCGUAA